CUAAUCAAACACAAAAACACCGUAAAAUUCAAAAAGUAGCAAAACAAAAGUUACUCAGACAUGGCUUCGCCUUCCCAUCUUAGUUUUCAGCUUCAAAUCUUUGUCCUAUUAGCUAUUGCAGCCACAGCUUUCUCCUCAGCAUUGUCUCCUUAUUUCUAUGACCAUGUUUGUCCCCAAGCUUUGCCAGCCAUCAAACGAGUAGUGAAGGCAGCCGUGGCCAAAGAGCGGCGUAUGGGCGCUUCCUUGCUGCGUCUGCACUUCCACGACUGCUUCGUUAAUGGUUGUGAUGCCUCAAUUCUUUUGGAUAAUACGAACACCUUUGAAAGCGAAAAGUUUGAAGGUCCUAAUAACAAUUCUACAAGAGGAUUCGAAGUGAUUGACCAAAUCAAGGCCGAAGUUGAUAAAGUAUGUGGUUGUUCUGUAGUUUCUUGUGCUGAUAUUUUAGCUGUUGCUGCUCGAGAUUCUGUUGUUGCGCUAGGAGGUCCCUCAUGGAAGGUGCGAUUGGGGAGGAGGGACUCAACCACUGCAAACGCAACCAAAGCAAUCGAUGACCUCCCAAAUCCAUUUAUGGACCUCAAAAACCUCACCACCAUCUUCAGACGCCAGGGCCUAAACAAGCGAGACCUCGUCGCUCUCUCUGGCGGCCACACUAUAGGCUUCUCUCAAUGUUUCGUCUUCAGAGAACGUAUUUACAGCGCAAGAAACAUAGACUCUGCAUUUGCACAAAAGCUUAAAGCAACCUGCCCAAGAAAAGGCGGGAACUCGACCCUUGCUCCCCUGGACCCCUCACCGGCGAGCUUUGAUGUGGCGUACUUCAGCAACUUGGUGAAGCAAAGGGGACUGCUGGCAUCGGACCAGGCGCUCUUCAGUGGUGGCUCCACCGACGCGCUUGUGAAGACUUACAGUAACAAUCCUGAAGCUUUCUGGGAGGAUUUCGCCAAGUCUAUGAUCAGGAUGGGAAACAUUAAGCCUUUGACCGGAACCCAGGGCCAAAUUCGGGAAAACUGCCGGAGGGUGAACUAGGGAAAUUUGAAGCAAACAACUUCAGUCUAAAGUUCUAUUGUUCUUAUUUGUUUCUUUGUUUUUGUUAUUUGAUCAUGGGUUUACAUUUUUUGGAAAUUAUAAACUUUAAACAGUUAA